AUGAGGGUGCUCUGUGUGGUCUUUGCUGUGCUCCUGCUUUUCUCCCUGGCCACCCCAGGGCAGGGGCAGCCCAAGGGAUUUUGUGACGGGUACUGUGCCCACGCCUGCGCCGAGACCGAGGAAUGGUCCUUCAGCCCCUACUGCGAGGAGCUGCACUGCUGCAUCCCCGCUCCCAAAAAGGGCAAAUGACCCUGCAGGAACCCAGCCCCGCAGCCCUGGAGCUCCUGGUGAUGUGCCCAGGGCGCGGCCAAGGCGGUCCUCAGUGCU